UGAAGCUCCGUCUCUUCUACAGGUGGUGAUUGGGCUCCUAUUACGGCAUUCAUAGGUCGAGACUCUAUGAAUGUUGUUGAUGGCUCGUCUAAUCCUCUGCCGGCACGGGCGAAACUCGUGAAGAUCGCGUAGCUCGUGCUACACGUGAAAUGCUAAGUAAGAUGCCACCACCCUACGAUUUGUUUGAGGUUCGCGAGCGACUUCGCCUGAUGGGACAUACCAGCUCAAUGAAUAUAUUUUUACGACAAGAAAUCGAUCGCAUGCAGCGGAUUAUCAUUCUCGUGCGUACGACACUGAAAGACCUACUGCUUGCCAUUGAGGGUACCAUCAUCAUGAGCGAACAGCUGCGUGAUGCCUUGGAUAAUAUUUUCAAUGCGCGUGUGCCCACUGUAUGGAAGCGUGGCAGUUGGCUAUCAACCAGUUUGGGUUUCUGGUUUUCCGAGUUGUUGGAACGUAAUCAGCAAUUCCAUAAUUGGUGUUUUAUUGGCCGCCCCGUUGUAUUCUGGAUGAGUGGUUUCUUCAAUCCCCAAGGUUUUCUAACUGCAAUGAAACAGGAAGUCGCACGCGCACAUCAGGGCUGGGCUUUAGAUCAGGUGACCAUGCAUAACGAUGUGCUAAAACUGGGCGUCGAAGAGUGCAAAAAACCACCAAAAGAGGGUGUUUUCGUUGAGGGUUUGUUUGUGGAUGGCGCUGGCUGGGAUCGCAAGUUAUCUAGAUUAAUUGAAGCGACAAAUAAAGUGCUGUACGUACUAUUACCGGUUGUGCACAUAUACGCUGUAAAUUCUGUGGCACCGAAAAAUCCAAAAUUAUACACGUGUCCGGUUUAUAAGAAAAUCAAUCGCACUGAUCUGAAUUAUAUUACAGCACUUUGGUUACAAUCGCAGAAACCGCCAGAUCAUUGGAUAUUACGUGGUGUUGCUUUGCUUUGCGAUAUCAAAUAAAAAAUACCAAAUUCCCAAGAUGUAUAUUUGUAGUUUUCUUCAUAUUUUGAUACCAAUUAUUUGUUCUCAUAUUAAUUUUAAUAAAUUGUUAAUAU